UAAAUAUAUUAAAAAAUAUACUUUCUCGUAUCAAGCGCUCCCUUGAAAUUUUUCAGUCCGAUGGCUAAUGGUCACUGUCAUGAAUUAUUGUGAUGCAACCAGUCAAGCAAGGACGAAAGUUGGUACCCAUCUGCUAGAUUUAGAUACAGCGUAUUCGACUAAGUGAAGGUGAUAGUGAAAUUUUUCGUAAUUGAACUUUCUUCCACUGUCUUUUUAGAGUCAGACAGAAUACGCUGCAAGCACCAGGCUCGUCCUAGUUUUGGUUUUCCAUCAGUUUCAAUCUCCUUUCCUAGCUCCAGCUCUUCAGCCAAUCGAUCAAAGAGCCACCGGAAAACUUCGAGGCAAUGGAAACGACCAAAGCAGAACACACCAGCAAAUGCCACGUGGUGGUGGUGCCUUAUCCUGGUCGAGGCCACGUCAAUUCGAUGAUGAACCUCUGCAAGCUGCUCUGCUCCAAAAGCACCGAUAUUCUCAUAACUUUUGUUGUUACCGAGGAGUGGUUCGGCUUCAUCGGUUGGGACAACAAGCCUGCCAACGUCAGGUUCAGAACGAUCCCCAACGUAAUCCCAUCCGAACACGUUCGAGCCAAGGACUUCCCUGGCUUCGUGGCGGCGGUGCUGACGAAGAUGGAAGCUCCAUUCGAGGAGCUCCUUGAUCGGCUCGAAUCCCCAGUGACGGUCAUCAUAGCUGAUACUUACAUGUCUUGGACGGUUGAAGUAGGGAAACGAAGGAAUAUUCCGGUGGCUUUCCUUUGGACCAUGUCGGCAUCCGUGUUGUCGGUUUUUUACCAUUUCAACCUCCUCGUGGAAAACCAUCACUUCCCAGCAGAUUUGUCAGAGCAGGGAAAUGAGCUUGUGGAUUACAUCCCUGGACUUACUCAUACUCGUUUAGCAGAUUUGCCAACAAUUUUCUAUGGAAAUGGCCGCCAAACCUUGCAGCUUGCUCUUGAUUGUGUUUCAUUAGUUCCCAAAGCACAGUAUCUUCUCUUCACCUCUGUCUACGAACUUGAAUUGCAAGUCAUUGAUGCUUUUAAAGCGAAGUUACCUUUUCCUGUCUAUCCAAUUGGCCCUAGCAUACCUUACCUUGACCUGAAAGAAAAUUCUUCAGAAAGUAGUAGUCCGGGUAACCCGGACUAUCUUCAGUGGCUGGAUUCCCAACCUCAAGGUUCAGUCCUGUACGUCUCAUUUGGAAGCUUUCUAUCAGUUUCUGCUGCCCAAAUGGAUGAAAUUGUAGCUGGGGUGCACGACAGUGGUGUUCGGUACUUGUGGGUGUCACGUGGGGACUCUUCUCGAUUCAAAGACUGCUGUGGUGGUCGGGGACGAGUGAUUCCUUGGUCUGAUCAGCUAAGGGUGCUAUGCCAUUCUUCUGUUGGAGGAUUUUGGACACAUUGUGGGUGGAAUUCCACUCUUGAGGCUGCCUAUGCGGGCGUUCCAGUGCUUACUUUUCCUAUAUUUUGGGAUCAAGUUCCGAAUAGUAAGCAAAUAGUAGAAGAUUGGAAGAUUGGAUGGAGAGUGAAGAAGGACAAGGUAGGAGAACAUUUGAUGACGAGAGAAGAAAUUGCAGAGCUUGUGCGGAAGUUCAUGGAUUUUGACAGCAACGAGGGGAAGGAAAUGAGAACGUGGGCUGGAAAACUUCGAGAAACAUGUCAACUAGGAAUUGCAAAAGGCGGAUCCUCGGAUAUUAACCUGGAUUCUUUCAUCCAGAACAUCUCGGAAGGGCACACUCAUUAGCUAUUCGUAGUUCUUUGCUGAUUUGUUGCCACGAAUCAUGUGAUCAAUGCUGGUAAGUUUCAUGUGGAUUUAAUAUUUUGCUCAAAAAAUCCAUGUUGGUAACAUUGAAUAACAAAAUUCUUAUGAUCGUGUGAGCAUGGAAUUGCCUUCGUUUCUGGUAUAAAGAACUAGAUUGUUUUCUGAUACAUUAAGCUUAAGCUAGACUGCUAAACCAAAUGGUUCAUUUGCAUCUUUAAAUAGUGAAGCCAAUAAUCUGAUUGAUGGUUAUUUUCUAAUAAAAAAGCAAUCAAACCAAUUUAAUCACCGAAUGCUGGCUACUUGCUCUUAAUAUUCAUGAAAAUCUGUCCUUAUCCCAAAAGUAUAAAGACAAAAGCUUUUCCAAAAGCGACACCAUUCAACACCCCCAUGGUUACAGCAAGGAAAUGAUAGACGUCAGCUGGAAGUCACCUUCAAGCUUUGAAACGGGCAAUAAGAUCCUUGUCAAAAAGGUCAAAAGCUGAAACUUUACCUGCUUCAUCUUCUGUUGAGAGUCUGGUCUGAAAGUCAGAACUUUGCCUUGAGAGAAAGAAAGGUUCAUAGUCGGAAUCACAUGCCUUCAGAAGAACCCAAUCGCUGCCAUGUUGUGGCAUUGCCUUAUCCUGGUCGAGGCCACGUUAAUCCAAUGAUGAAUCUUGGCAAGUUCAUAACUAGGAAGAGACAUAAUAUUCUCAUAACAUUUGUUGUUACAGAAGAGUGGCUAGGCUUCAUUAGCUCUGAUACUAAGCAUAGUAAUUUUCGCCUUGCCUUGAUACCAAAUGUGAUCCCAUCAGAACUUGUUCGAGCUGAUGACUUUCCAGGAUUCAUUCAGGCUGUCAUGACAAAGAUGACAGCCCCCUUUGAAGAAUUACUUGACCGCCUUGAGCUGCCAGUGACCACCAUAAUAACGGACGCAGAGCUAGUAUGGGCUAUACAUGCAGGAAACUACAGGAAUAUCCCUGUGGCCGCACUGAGGAUCUCACCGGCAACAGUGUUUUCAAUGUUGUGUCACUUGGAUCUGUUUAAACAAAAUGGCCAUUUUCCAGUUGACUUAUCAGAGCAAGGACACGAGCUUGUGGACUACAUCCCUGGAAUUCCUCCAAUACGUGUGGCAGAUCUCCCGACAGUUUUCAGUGGAGACAGUCCAACUUUCUUGCGAGGGCUCCUGGAAACCUUGUCAAGUUUAACCACAGCACACUAUCUUCUGAUCAAUUCUGUCUAUGAGCUUGAAGCUCCAGUCUUUUGACUCUUUGAAAGGAAAAUUCAGCAUCCCUCUCUACCCUGUUGGCCCCAAUAUACCAUGCUUUGAAUUGAAAGACAUUUCAUCUGUAAAUUCCGCUCAGUGGUCCUGACUGUCUAGAAUGGCUGAAUUCACAACCUACAGGGUCUGUUUUAUAUGUGUCAAUGGGUAGUUUCCUUUCAGCUUCAACUGCCCAAAUGGCUGAAAUUUUUGGUGGAGUAAUUAACAGUGGUGUUCGGUACAUUCUGGUUGCACGUUCAGAAACUUUUCGGUUUACUGCCAACCAUAGUGAUUCAGGAUUGGUGGUGCCUUGGUGUAACCAAAUGAGAGUCUUGUGCCAUUCUUCUGUUGGAGGAUUUUUGAUACAUUGUGGAUGAAAUUCAACCUUGAAGCUGUUUUUGCAGGAGUUCCAAUGCUUACUUUUCCUUUAUUUGGGGAUCAAGGUACAAAUAGCAAGAGAAUUGUGGAAGAUUGGAAGAUUGGAUGGAGAAUGAAGAGGGAUGUAGGAAGCAACACUUUGAUGAAAAGAGAAGAAAUUUCAGACCUUGUACAAAGGUUCAUGGAUCCAGAAAGCAGUGACAGGAUGAGAUGGUAAAAAGAGCAAGAAAACUUCAAGAUAUUUGUCAAGCAGCAGUUGCAGAAGGGGGAUCAUCUGACACGAAUCUUGAUGCCUUCAUCAGGGCUAUUUCUAAUCACCCUCCCUAUCAAGCAUGUUGAUGUAUUUCUAUUCAAUCCUAAAAUAAUUUAAAGCCAAUGGAAGGGACCCUGUGAUUUCAUGAAGUUCAUAUGGAUUGAGGAAGCAGUGGACUUGUGUUUCGAUGACAAUGAAAUAAGCAGAUACUAGAAUUUUCUGUUCCAUUAUGUAGAAUUCAUUUUCCUA